AUGACGUCGAAGUCUCAACGCAACAAAGAAGGAGAGCAGGAAGGCCGAAGGGACACUGCCAGGAAACGUGACAAGAGCAGGGUAAGAGAAUCCUCCUCCAACCCUCCUGUUUGUGGCAGGAGCCUUGGGGAAGAGGGGGAAGUUUCCGAUACCAGCCAACUCGACGAGAAGAUUCUCGGAAUUGAGGCUGGUUUGUCGGCCUUGAAUAGGCGACUUGUUAUUUUCGAAAACAACUCCACAUCUCUUGAAACGGUUGCUCUUGAAGGCCUCGAUGAGGUGAAAAGUAACCUUGAAGAGCUUGAAGAGGAUAGCAAGGAUGGACUGACCAACCUCGAACUCAAGCUCACCAAAGCUCUCUCCUCUCUUCACCGAGAGUUCGAGACUUUGAAGAGGCAGGUUGAUGAGACUGCCACUGCGGGAGCUGCUGGCCCCAUUACUGUACAUGAAACUCGUAUCGAAGCCCCUAAGCCAAAGGAGUUUCGUGGUGAAAGAAGUGCCCAAGACGUUGAGAACUUCUUGUGGCAAAUGAAUGCUUAUUUUGAGCAUGUUUGUAUGACCAAAGAAGCUGCCAAAAUACGAACAGCAGCUAUGUAUUUGAGCAAUACCGCCAUGCUGUGGUGGCGGAGGAAAAAGGCGGACAUGGAGAGGGGGUUUUACCCUCAAAACGUGGUGCAUGAAGCUCGUCGGAAGUUGAGGGAAUUGAAGCAAACAUUCUCCAUUCGUGACUACGUGAAAGAGUUCACAAGACUCACUCUCCAAAUCCCGAACCUGACCAGUGAAGACUUGUUGUUUUACUUCUUGGAUGGCCUCCAAAAUUGGGCCAAACAAGAACUUCAAAGGCGACAAGUUCGUGAUGUCGAUGAGGCGAUCGUAGUGGCAGAAUCACUCACAGAUUUUCGGACAGAUGCAGCAAAGGGGAGGGACAAUCGGAGCAAAAAUGUUCCUCCCAAGGGAGAUAACAACAGGAACAAGGGCAAGUCAGUUCCCAACCGAGGCAGCGAUACUAGAGGUAACAAUCGUAACCAACCUUCUAAUUUUCGCAAGAAUUAUGAAGAUCGCAAGAAAGGCGCUCCACAUCGUGAAGGUUGUUAUAUUUGUGGUGAGACUACCCACGCUGCCCGUUACUGUCCAUCGUUGAGUAAAUUGAGUGCCAUGGUUGCUGCCCAAAAGCAGCAAGAACAAACUGCCGCGCAAACCGGAGGAACAUCCGGGGAGCAAUCUGGGCACACUGGUGGGACGGACAGGAACAAAAAUGUUGUUGUUGGGAUGUUUAAUCACAUGGCGUUAUUUAAUCAUAUGACUAUUGCUGCGUUGGCUGCUCAGCCGGCUAGUGUAAAGCCGCGCGAGUCACCGUUUGUCGAUGCCAAGUUGAAUGGCAAAGACGUUAGAAUUAUGGUAGACACCGGUGCAACUCACAAUUUUGUGACGAGGGAAAAGGCCACAGACCUUCGUUUAUAUCAUGUUGCCAGUGAUACUAUGUUGAAGACUGUUAACGCCCUCCCCACCAAUGUCCAUGGUUUCGCUCCUAAAGUCUCCAUCGAUUUAGGAGGGUGGAAGGGGUUCACAGACUUUACAAUUGCGCCCAUGGACGUGUUUGACAUUAUUCUGGGGCUGGAUUUUUGGUAUGAGGUUAAUGCGUUUAUUUCACCACGCCUCAACCAAUUGCAUAUUAGCGACGCGGGAGGAUCUUGCGUGGUACCCCUUAUUCGGGUACCACAAAACGGACUGCACUUGUCUGCCAUGCAGCUUGUAAAAGGCUUCAAGAGAGGAGAACCAACCUUCCUUGCUGCCCUUGUUGGAGGCGUCAAAGACUUGAUUGAGGCAGCAGCCUUGCCUCACUGUAUCGAGCAGGUCCUUGCUGAUAAUAGGGACGUGAUGCCAGAAGAACUUCCUCAACGGUUGCCACCACGAAGGGAAGUUGAUCAUCAGUUCGAACUGAUUCCCGGGGCAAAGCCACCAGCCAUGACGCCUUACCGUAUGGCGCCCCUGGAGUUGGAGGAAUUGAGGAAGCAGCUCAAGGAGUUGCUGGACGCGGGACACGUUAGGCCUUCUAAGGCGCCUUUUGGUGCGCCUGUUUUGUUCCAAAAGAAGAAGGAAGGAACGCUACGGUUAUGUAUUGAUUACCGAGCCCUCAACAAGGUCACGGUGAAGAACAAUCCAAAGAUUGAAUUCGGGAAAGUGGGUCAUAAGCAGGCACGUUGGGUCAUUCGACGAGCUGUUACGAGCUCACCGAACAACUUAGCGAUUCGCCCAAGCGUCCCAUCUCAUCCUUAUGAUGCGUUAUCUGAUAUGGCAGCUGAAACUUUCGACGAGAAUCCCUUUGUUCGCUGA